UGGGAAACAAAAACAAUGAUACAGUUACAUAACCGUUCCCCCCAAAUUGUUAGGGUUUUACAGUGAGCUUUCGCACUGAGAGUUCUUAGGGUUUACAUAGCCAUUGAUCUUGGUGAGAAGUUGUAGGUCUUCAGGGUUUUCUCUUUACCUGAGCUCAUUAUACAGAGUCUGCGAUUUUGGGGUUGUUUUAUCACUUUGGUUUGUAUAUAGAGAUCCGAGAAUCUCAGGGCCAACAACAAUGGCGAUUUGAGCUGUGGACAGUUCCUGUUCAUUUUCUAGGGCAGGAACUUGCAUUUUCAGAAGGAUUCGAGCCCUAGGAUUUAGCAUUUUGCAGAGAAAGUCAAGCUACUUCGAUUUCUAGGGUUUCCGGACAACCACCAUUCUCUCGGACUCAAUCAGAGCUGUACGUCUUACAAUGCCUUAAUAUGCAGAGGAAGUUGAGAGCUAAGAUUUUAGAGUUUUUGGUUCCAUGUGCUUGCUGAGGGAUCUAGAUCUGAAGUUACUGUUGCAAACUUUGAUUUAAUGUCAUGAAUACGGCUUCGGCAGUGCAUAAAAUGUAUCGUUUGGCUACGAUUUUUUAAACUAGGAAGUGAAAACCUUAAAAAAUGCUAAGAAAUGCAUUGUAGGCCAAAAAUGGUGAUUAUUUGAAGUGGAAUAUGGAUUUUACUGAUGCUUAUAAACAAUCAGGACCUUCUUGCUUCUCACCUAAUGCUCGUUAUUUGGCAGUGGCCGUUGAUUAUCGCCUUGUUAUCAGAGAUGUGCUCUCUCUCAAGGUUGUACAAUUCUAUUCAUGCAUGGACAAGAUAAGCUACAUCGAAUGGGCUCUUGAUUCAGAGUACAUUCUUUGUGGUCUCUACAAAAGGCCUAUGGUCCAGGCAUGGUCCCUAACCCAACCUGAAUGGACCUGCAAAAUUGAUGAAGGCUGUGCUGGAAUUGCUUAUGCAAGGUGGAGCCCUGAUAGCCGCCAUAUCCUCACAACAUCAGACUUCCAAUUGAGGCUAACUGUUUGGUCUCUAUUGAAUACGGCUUGUGUUCAUGUUCAAUGGCCAAAGCAUGCAUCAAAAGGUGUUUCAUUUACACAAGAUGGGAAGUUUGCCGCUAUUUGCACAAGGAGAGAUUGCAAGGACUACAUAAAUCUUCUAUCAUGCCAUUCAUGGGACAUUAUGGGUGUCUUUGCUGUUGAUACAAUAGACCUAGCCGACAUUGAGUGGUCCCCAGAUGAUAGUGCGAUAGUUGCUUGGGACUGUUCUCUUGAGUACAAGAUCCUUAUUUACUCCCCAGAUGGAAGGUGCCUCUUCAAGUAUCAAGCCUAUGAAAGUGGUUUGGGUGUUAAAACUGUAGCUUGGUCUCCAUGUGGCCAGUUCCUAGCAGUUGGUAGUUAUGAUCAGAUGCUAAGGGUCUUGAAUCAUCUAACAUGGAAGACUUUUGCCGAAUUUAUGCACAUACCCUCUGUUAGAGGGCCAUGUUCUGCUGCCAUUUUCAAGGAGGUGGAUGAGCCCUGGCAACUUGAUAUGUCGGAACUUUCUCUCAAUGAUGACUUUUCUCAGAAUAUAGACGGCAAUGGCACUCAAAAUACUCCAGAGACCCAUUUUAGUGUUCGGUACAAGGUAAUGGAUGUUCCAGUGAAUUUGCCUUUCCAGAAGCCCGCUUUAGACAAACCUAACCCAAAGCAGGGAGUUGGUUUACUUUCGUGGAGCAGCGAUAGCCAAUAUGUAGUAACCCGCAACGAUAGCAUGCCUACUGUCCUUUGGAUUUGGGACAUUUGCCACCUUGACCUGGCCGCUAUCCUUGUCCAGAAGGAGCCCAUUAGAGCUGCGGCUUGGGACCCGUCAAGCCCACGCCUGGUCCUAUGCACUAGUAGUCCUUACCUUUACAUAUGGACUCCAAGUGGUGCUUGUUGUGUUAGUGUCCCAUUGCCUGAUUUCUCAGUUUCAGACCUCAAAUGGAACUCAGAUGGAAGCUGCGUUCUUCUUAAAGAUAAGGAGGCUUUCUGUUGUGCUUCUGUGCCUAUCUUGCCGGAUUCUGAUGAUGAGAGCUCAGAAGGCUGAUGUGGGUCGUGGGAAUUGCAACUUUUAUUGGGUUUCUAGGGUGGGUUUUGGGGACUGAGUUUUCUUCGGUUUUUAGAGUCUCAUGGGAUGGAAAAGUAGUAGUGUUUGGAUGCCACUUGUUUUGAAAAUAUCAAUGAAAUGGAUGUUAGUUUUGAUGGGGGGAAUGGGAGGCCAGGGUUCUGAAAUGUGGUUUAAGCGUUGUGGUGUAAUGUGGAACCAUUGGAAGUGCUGAAGAGGUUAAAGGGUUUGAUCUUCUUUGAGAUAAUGAGAUGAGCUCAAAGAGGAUAACUAGGAGGAGGUGCUAUCCAUUUUGGGGGUUACGAACAAUAGAAGGCAAAUAUUGAUGAUAGAGUUGAACUUUCAUCUGUAUGGAAGUUGAAAUGGUACAGCAUGGUUUCUUUUCUUUCAUAUUCUGUUUUUUAAUACUGUUGGGUUGGCCUAUAUUUUAAGGGCACUUCAUUCAAGAGAAUUUGGGUUCUCCAUCA